AUGCCGGUACCGAUCCAAAAACCAGCCACUUUCUCGGAUGCGAUGGCCAUCGCCAUUGCGAACGGACAUAUCAAGAACGCUUAUGAGAUCGCGAAGGUAUAUGAUCGUGUUAUGGAGUCUGGGGAUGUGGAGAAGAUACGGUCGUUGGAUUUUCCGGCUGAGUUGAUGGUCUUCAUCUAUGUGCUGAUCGUGGAUGAUACGAAGACCGGAAAAGAGAAGUGCCAACUAAAGGACUGGAAGACUGGGCAUCCGAGCCAUAAGAAGCCUCAUAAAGAGUCCUGUCCGGCCUUCAAGACGCAGAUGGGGCGAGUUCCACAAUUUCAGCGCGUCGACUCUCAGUUCCCAUGGCUUCGAUCCGAAUCUGACGGUGUCUUCCUCGCCGACUUGCUCAAGGCACGUCUUAGCCUUCUGGGCUCUGGCUCCUCCUACGGCUGGUGGUCCGUACGAUACGAAGAACAGCCGCAUGACCACGGCGAAGCUGAAUUACACAAACUGAGAACCUCGCCUGGCAUGGCUGCGGCUCUGUUCGAACCCUCGACUCGGACGAGGCCCGCCACGACAAUCAAGAGACCUGUACCCGGAGCGUAUAUGCAUGGAGAGAUCAUGUUAGGAGAGAGUUGGCCGACGGACGUGGAGGGAUGGAAGAUAAAAGAAGAAUGGGUCCCGAAACUAUUUUUUGACGAGAAGGCAUCUCCUCCGAAGGCACCCCUGCCGGGCCAGGUCAAGGACUGGAAGAGCUGGUACGAGUGGCGUGGGCUGAGUAUGGAGUCCCCCGCUGCGUUGUUGAUGGAUUAUCCGCUUUCGGUAUAUCAUCUACUUGUGAACGUGUUGAAAGUCGUUGAACCCGCACGUUUGAACGAGAGGCGUUCGGAGCUUGUUGUGCAUUACCUCGGUGCGGAGAUCGAGCUGAAUUUUCUGCCAUUAUUCUCCGAACUCGCUCUCCUCCUCCCAAACGUUCACAUCACUCUAGUUAUCUUCGGUCAACCAGCCCACGAUCUCGUUCACUCCGCCAAGGAAUAUCACCCAUCUUCCAUCGCCGCUCAAGAUAUAGUUUGGUCCUACAAAGCACCGAAACUGUCCGGCGGUGGUUCCAUCGACAUCAAGCUCUCUUCGGAGACGGUCUUGUGGAGCAGACAUAUCGUAAUUCGGGAUGAUCAGCCCAAGGUCCCACAUGCUGUGGUUGCUUGUAAUGCGGGGUUGAGUACGUAUGCAACUUGGGACGAGGUGAUUAGGAUGACGGGCAUGCUCAACAUCCCAUUCGCAGUGACGGACUACGCCGAACACAUACUCAACGUAGCUGUCCAGAAUCUUCAAACUCUGCUCAGCGAUCAAGCAGCGGAGUGUCGCUCGUUUAUGCCACUUGAGGCUGCAUUGCUGGAUCAGAGUAAGAAGAGGUCACGUCCUGUGACGAUUAAUCCGUUUCAUCGACCUGGGAAGAGGUGUAUACCGAUGUAUAGGGUUCCGAAUUAUUACAAUGGGUUUGUUGUGGUUGUUAACGGGGGACAUUGA